AUGCGAAUAUUUGUUCUGCUCUGUGGCAUAUCCUGUGUAGCCCUUGCGCAGGAUCUUAAAGGGCUUUUAACUCAGCAGUCUCCAGAUGUCAACAUCUCCGUCGUUCUCCCUGGCCAACCAACGUUUGCGAAUGCCACACGCCCGUUUAACCUGAGGUUCGACAUCGAGCCCGCCGCUGUUGCUUUCCCAACGACAAUCCAGGAAGUAUCGGAUAUCGUACAACUCGGCGACAAAGUAAACCAUCAGGUUGUAGCCCGUAGCGGAGGGCAUAGCUAUAUUGCGAAUGGUUUAGGUGGAAAAAACGGCACCAUUAUUGUCGAUUUGAGCAACUUCCAAAAGAUCACGGUGGACGACAAGUCGGGCACAGCAGUGAUAGAGAUGGGAAACCGUUUAGGAGAUAUUGUCACCGCUUUAGUUGCCCAUGGGAGAGCGCUUCCCCAUGGGACGUGCCCAUAUGUCGGGAUUGGUGGACACGCUGUCCAUGGAGGCUUUGGAUUCACUUCGCGAUUGUGGGGUCUCACAUUGGAUGCAAUUCUCUCCAUUGACCUCGUCUUGGGGAAUGGUACUAUUACCACAGCAUCCAAAAAACUGAAUCCAGACCUCUUCUUUGCCAUGCGCGGCGCGGGAUCUUCGUUUGGCAUCGCCACCGCCAUCACCGUACAGACGUUUCCUGCUCCACCGACUGCUACAAUCUUUUCAUACAACUGGCAUUUCACCGCAGCCGACGCAGCCAUCGCAUUUGCGAAGUAUCAAAACUUUGUCCUGACUGCGAACCUCCCUCCAGAAUUUGGUGCUGAAAUUGUGCUCACUCCGGGAGACGUUCAGGGAAAUGUCAGUGUUGGCCUUGCUGGAGGAUGGUAUCUUCCCUUUGACAGUCUGAAUGCGACUCUCAAACCCUUCAUGGACGUGAUGCCACCCCCAAGAACGAUCUCAUUUGACACGGGAGAUUAUCUCCACAGCGCUAUCAAUUUGGCAGGAGGAUCCUUGGAUACGACAAGCGCACCGGACGGUACAGAUACAUUCUACGCAAAGUCGUUGAUGACUCCAGAAAAGGAACCUAUGUCCGAUAAGGCCUUGCUAGCGUGGAUGAACACACUUGCAAAUGAGGGUUUCAACGCACCUGUGGGAUGGUUUAUUCAAGCAGAGUUAUUCGGAGGACAUAACUCCGCCAUCAACGCAGUCAAAUCCACUGAUACGGCCUUCGCUCGUCGUUCUUCUUUGUUUACAAUUCAAUUCUACGCCUCGUCACACGGCAACGUACCUCCGUAUCCCGCAGGUGGAUUUACGUUCCUCGAUGAUGUCGUCAACUCGAUCGUCAAGAAUAGUCCUGCUAACUGGGACUACGGGGCAUACACAAACUACGUUGACGAUCGACUCCCAGACUGGCAACUAAGAUAUUACGCUGAAAAUUAUCCUCGUCUGCAACAUCUCAAGGAUCUUUUUGAUCCACGGGGUACAUUUACGUUCCCUACUUCUAUCCAGAAAUGA